GCCGCAUGAUUGCUCAUCUAAAAUGAAGUGACAAAAAGGUCUAUUCUAUCUUCGAAAUUUAGAUUACGAAUUACAUAAUCCAGAGACAUAUAGUGGAAAAUGGAAGCUCUUUUGUGCAGAAAACUUGGUGAUCCAUCGUUAUCUUUGGAAGACGAUAACAGCCCAAUAAUUGUGUCCAAGAACCAUCCAGUUCCUCAGUUGAAGUCUCCCACUUCUGUAAGAGUCAGAAUCAAGGCUACGAGCUUGAAUUUUGCAAAUUACUUGCAGAUCCAAGGUAAGUAUCAGGAGAAGGCGACUUUGCCAUUCAUACCUGGAUCCGAUUACUCGGGAAUCGUUGACGCCGUUGGCCCCAAAGUUUCGAACUUUCGUGUUGGGGACCCUGUUUGUUCCUUUGCUGCUCUUGGUUCAUUCGCUGAGUUCAUUGUUGUUGACGAGAACGAGUUGUUUCGUGUGCCAGAAGGUUGUGAUCUUGUUGCUGCUGGAGCACUUGCUGUGGCAUUUGGCACUUCUCAUGUAGCACUUGUCCAUAGAGCUAAUUUAACCUCUGGUCAGGUGUUGGUGGUUUUGGGUGCAGCAGGAGGUGUAGGGCUUGCAGCUGUUCAAAUUGGAAAAGCGUGUGGUGCCAUUGUCAUUGCUGUUGCUAGGGGAGCUGAAAAGGUGCAGAUUUUGAAGACUCUUGGUGUUGAUCAUGUGGUGGACUUGGUCAGUGAAAAUGUUAUCGAGAGUGUGAAAGAGUUCCUUAAGGCUAGAAGGCUUAAAGGUGUUGAUGUCCUCUAUGACCCGGUUGGAGGCAAGCUUACGAAAGAAAGUAUGAAACUUCUGAAAUGGGGAGCUCAGAUUCUCAUAAUUGGGUUUGCGAGCGGCGAAAUUCCUGUCAUCCCUGCUAACAUAGCUCUUGUUAAGAAUUGGACAGUUCAUGGUCUUUAUUGGGGUAGCUACAAGAUACAUCGCCCAGCUGUUCUUGAAGAUUCUCUAAAAGACUUAUUGUCUUGGUUGGCAAGAGGCUUGAUUUCCAUCCACAUUUCUCAUUCUUACCGCUUGUCAGAGGCCAACCUUGCGUUUUCUGCUAUCAAAGAUAGGAAAGUCAUUGGGAAGGUGAUGAUUGUUUUUGAUGACAAACUUACAAGAUCUAAGCUGUGACCCUUCUGAUAAUUCUUCUUUACGGUUGAAUAAUAUGUGCUACAGUAGCACCCCAACGUCCAACAGAAUAUUAUUGUACAAGAACGGAACAGAAUAGAGAAAUUAUGUGCUGUGUACCUGUGUCUUAGUUUACCCAAAGAAUAACAAAUGUAUACAAAUGAACAUCGUCAAAUUGUACUAUUUACUAUGUGAAGGUUACCUUUGUCAAUCAAUGGUAAAUUUUGCACA